GGCGCUGGGCGCGUUCCAUUACCGACAGGGUUGUUUUUUCUCUCCUUUGUUAUUUAGUAUUGUCUCCUAAAAAAACAAAACAGCGGUACGACUAAAGACGAAAUAGGCCGAACUUAACAUGAAUGCUAAGGAAAAUGCAAUUUAAAUGUAUUGUUACUGGGUAAGCCUAACCUUAACAUUUGCAAAAAACAUGUAGGCCUACUUGUGGUAGUGUUGGAGUAUAGCCGCGUUUACCUCGAAUCCCGUCAUAUGCGGCUCGCUCUGAGUGGCAUAUCGUCAUAUGACUUUAAAUCGACGAAAAUGAGAGUUGGGUGCUUCCAGCUGAAGCCAGCGGCGGUUCUGUUAUUCGGUCAUUUAUUUUUUUACACGAGUUGCCGGUUAACCGAGCUACAGAUCUGUGAUCUAUGUAACGGGACUGUGCUGAGUGGCACUGCGGUGGCACUGCGGUGCGCCUCAUCCGCGGGCCGGAUCGGCGGCCGCUGCUGCCUGCAAAAUGACAACGCGACCAGCGCUGAAUACGUUAUCGGGUUGGAUCUAUCCAAUUGCUCGUUAAGUCAUGUGGAGGAUCUUCAGGGAGCCUCUACAGCUUUGGUUAUAGACCUCUCACUCAACCCCAUCACUAACAUCAGUGACUCUGUGUUUCAAGGAUUCAUUGAGUUAAAUUACUUAAUAUUGCCUGUAAACUUAGCAUGUCCAGGAGGCAAUACAUCGUGGGAGAAAGAGGAAAUCAGGGGGGGAGAACGUCUUUGUCAAAAUCAGAGGAGCUUGUGCAACCAAACUGGGCAGAUGUCCAUGAACUGUCCUGAAAACUCGCUCUGUGCUCCCUUUGGCCCUGGUUUCUUUGAGUGCAGCUGUGCUGAAAACUACCAUGGCUACAAAUGUCUUCGAGAGGGUGAGUUUCCAGCUAUCCAGGUGUUUGGGCCUCUUGGGGCGUCCACGGUCCUGAUUUCCGUCCUGCUGUGGGUCACACAGAGAAGGAAAGCCAAAACGGUCUGAGGUUGCACUCCCGCCACUGGCUUUAUCCUUGGACCCUGCAGGGAUGUAAUGAAUUGAAACUGACCGACUUUUAAGGGAAAAUGCUGACAUAAGGUCUGGGUUAGCCCCUGGCCUGCAUCACAGUAAAUCUUUUUAUGAUUGUUUUACCUUUGCGAGGCAGCUAUAGUUUUUAUUGGGGAAAAAUGUUUUAAACUGACAGUGAUAAAUCUUGUACAGUAGUAUCACGGUGCAUUUUUUUUUUUUUUUGGUAAGGAAAUGGUAUUUGAACAAACAUUGCUUUUAUGCCAGUUUUAGAUGGUAUUCCGUUUUUGGCAUUGCUAGAUUAUAACAAUACCAAUGUAUUAAUAUGUAUGUGAUUUGUACUUAGUUGAGGUUAAGUUAGGAAAGCAAGAGAUUGCAAUCGAUAGGUUGUUUCUUUUGGGCUUUCCCUUUUACAUUAACAGUGCCAAACACUCAGCGUGCAAAUAUCUAAAAUGAACACUGGAACUUCAUAUUUUAAGAAUGUAUUUCCUUUUUUUUCUGUGGAGUUUGCCAGAUUUGAGCAAGAAUUGAUUGCACGUGUGCAAACAUGUACAAAAUGCAAGAUUAUGAUAUGAAUAUAAAUCACUGUGAGCUAGAAAGGGUAACACUUGACAGCUUUUUUUUAUCUGUAAUUAUUUAAGGUUUUAAUUUCCUCAGAGUGAGCGUCAAAAUCAAAAGUUUUGAAAGAGUUGCAGAAUCACAGCAUUGUAUUGUUCAGUUGUGGUCACGUGACAUGGGAGCCUCAGUAGUAUUUCUCAGUUAUGGGAUAGUGGUACAUUAAAUUAAUUUUGUCCGUCAGUCUUUGUUUACUAGUAACACAUUUGUUUUUAAAAUUGUUGCGAUGUCAGUAUGUGAAUGAUGCCUGCUAUCAAGUGGCGGGCACAAAUUUCAAACUGGACAAUUCAAACAAAUAUAUCUUUGUUUGAGCUAUCCAGAAAACUUUGUGCAGAGGCAUUUUUUCCCCCAAAAAGACUUGCAAACAGAUUUUACAGAGGUAACUUUUGCCUCCAAAAUAUUGGAAAUUGUCCAUCAUUAGUGGAGGACAUUUACUGUGGAUUUUUCUUCACUGUUUGCAAACAUAAAAAUUAAUUAAAGAUAUCUGUCAAAGGCUGUGUUAUUUUACUUCUGAACAACACUUUUUUUUAAGUUAUGUUGAAAUUAAUAAAAGGAAAUGGUGACCAUACAUUGUUUUAACUGCAUUGACUUUCUAGAAACAAUACGGUCAAGUUAAUGUUUUAUAAUGCACUGUUAUCUUAAUGAUUUAGGAUGAAUUUAUGAUUCAUUACUUCAAUUUGGCAAAAUGCUAAUGA